AUGGAUUGCUCAAUAUGCACAACCAUGCCCUUCAUUUUAAGGCCACCGAGGAACACAAUAUGUGCAGCAUGUUAUGAGGGUGGAAAGAAUUUGAUCACCUUAACUAACAAACUUGAGGCUGAUAACAACAGUAAUAACAAGGGAUCAUUCAUUGAUAAACCAUCAACCAUUAUUUCUGCAACUUCAAAUUCUACCAACUCUUCAAAGGGAUUGGCAAAUGCCCUGAAAUGGGUAAAGGAAAUGAAGGAGAUGGAAGAGGAAUACAAUGAAAGGUUGAGUUUCCUUUCAAACUUUGUGACCGCCUUUAGACAUGAAAUUCAUCCUGAUAUUCAGAUAAAGCCAGGCAACAAUGCUCCUUCAAUCUCUGCCCAUAGAGCUUUGCUGGCGGUUAGAUCAGAUAUAUUCAGGAACAUGCUUGAUUCAGAUGGAUGCAAAUCGGCUCCAACAGACGCAAUAAGUCUCCCUGAACUGAGCUACGAAGAGUUAGAAUCAUUGCUGGAGUUCCUCUACAGCGGAACCUUGUCAAAGGAAAAGGCAGACAAACAUGUUUAUUCUCUGUCGGUGGCUGCAGACAAGUACGACAUUAGGUAUCUCCAGAAGUUCUGCGAGAAUCGGAUGCUGGGAUCUUUGAAUGCUACAAACGCCCUCGAUGUGUUGGAGAUAUCCGACAUUUGUUCUAACCAGACGUUGAAGGAGACAGCCCUCAACUUCAUUGUCAAGAACAUGGAGGAUGUUGUUUUUACGGCUAGAUUCGACGCGUUUGCGCUCAAAAACCCGCAUUUGAUUGUGCAGAUUACCAGGGCUUCCUUUAUGGACAUCAAGAACAGACAAAAUGUGGUCUAGAGAUCAACAAACCAUGUUAUGUAGUUAUGGAAUAUAUAUAUGAUCACAUUUUCACAUUCUUACAUUAUGUUUAUAAGAUUAAGAGAAUGACAUACUGAAGAAGCUUUAAGUCUCUGUUUUAGAUUUUGGCCUGCUAUUGAAAUUUCAGUUAAUUGUUGAAUUGUAAAAAGUCAAGAGUUAUAACUUUAUGUCUUAUACAAUAAGGGGUUAAUAUGUAAAUCUUGAAAUACUUAAAGGUACAUUUGUAGUUUUAGGUG